CUGCAGCUGGGAGCGACUGCAGGUGCUGAGUUGGAGGAUGUGAUACGACACAAUGACACUCUGUGGAGGAGAGGAACCACACCACACUAACUCACAACUCACAUUAGAAAUCUCUCAAUAACCAUAACACCACACUGCACUCACUCCACCCCAUGGCCACUACUGUACAAUUAAUACUUCUGUUGAUUUAUAAAUGUUUCUGCUCCUUUUUCUCAUGACUGAAACUGUUUGGUGGAUAAUCUUCCGUUUUGUUCAGUCUCUAUCACUCAUCCCACCCAUAUUACAGUCUCAGAUUCUGAACUAAUGUCAGUCAACGUUAAUAAUCUGCUCUCAGCUUUAGUUGUGUUUUUCUUGUCCUUUCAGGACACACUUCAGCCCUGCUCUGGAUUCUCCCUCAGUCACUGGUGUAACUCCUCCUGUCCUCACAGACUCUCUUUUAAGAUUUAAAAAUUAAACUGGUGUUUCGUCUCUCCAUUUCUUGAUAAGACUGAGCCCUGCUUUACUCCACAGUCUUAUAUGUCACUCUAUUUAUUCUGUCCUAUUUCCUGCUUUCUCUCAUACAGAUUUUGUACUGUCUUAUCUUAAUAUUUUAUUCUAAUGUAAUAUAAAAUUCUAAUUAUUACCCAUACGUCAUUGUUCUUAGCUCUGAGAUCGCAUUUUCACUCUUUUUAGAGUGUAACCCCCUUUAGUUAAGCCUCCAGUCAUCCUGACUCCUCUCUCUCUCUCUCUCUCUCUCUCUCUCUCUUGAUCUUCUAUAUUCUGAGAUUUAACAACUCUCCUCUAAAACACACUAAUGUAAACCUUUUGGAGCUGACCAUCCAUCCUUUACCAGCAUAAGAUAUCAGUGUUAUGCCACUUCAGUUUUCACACCAUUACUUAGUAUUCUGCACUCUUCUUCUCCCUGCUCUUCCUACAAUUAACUAUACCUCUCCCUCACUCCCUCAAUCCUUUCCUCCUUCUUUUCUUUUUUUGUCUCUUUCAGCAUCCAACGUUUCAAUGUGACACUCAGUAUGUUUCGCUGCUCUUCAGUUUAAACUAUACCACAGUAAGUCUUAGUUGCUGUGUAUGACUAGAGAUGCAUCACUAUGUUGUAUUUUGUGAUUGUUAGGAGAACUAUUGUGUAACAACACUUUAUUUCUAAAGCACUUUAAAACAACAACAAAGCUGACCAAAGUGCUGUACAAAAGUCAACAAUCAGGCCAUAAACAGCAGGGUGUUUUAUAAUAAAACAUUCAAUUGAUAAAUAAAAAAUACAAAUUUAAAAUUAAAAUGAUGGUAACAAGAAAAAGAAACAACUAAGAACAUAGCGACACAAUAACAUACUACUAAUAAUAAGAGUCAUAAUAAAAAUAAUGAUAAUCAAAAGAGAAACAAGAUAUAAAACACAAAACAUCUCAACAAAAUGCUUCACACUGGGUUGAAGGCCAGAGAGUAAAAAUGAGUUUUUAACCGUGAUUUAAAAACAGCCACUGAUGGAGCUUGUCGAAUGAGUAAGUAAAACUCAUUCCAUAGUCGAGGAGCAGCUACUGAAAAGGCACAAUCACCUCGAAGUUUGCAUCAAGUUUUUGGAAUUUGAAGAAGCAGCUUGUCAGUAGACCUGAGAGAGCGAGAUGGAACAUAUGGGUGCAACAAUUCCACCAGAUAGGCUGGAGCAAGGCCAUUUAAACACUUAAAUACAAAUAAAAGAAUUUUAAAACAGAUCUGAAAGUACACUGGAAGCCAGUAAAGGGAAGCCAAGAUUGUAAGCGAGCCAUAAUGGUGUGGCUGAUUUCAAAGAACAAAGCAUUACAAUAGUUAAGACGAGGGGUUAUAAAAGCAUGGACAACCAAUUCCAGGCCCUGCCUUGACAAUAUAGGCUUAAUCUUUGCUACUUGCCUCAAAUGGAAAAAAACUGGAUUUUACCACAGCAUUUACUUGACUAUCCAUUUUUAGAGUAGGAUUCAUUCUAAUACCUAAAUUUGUAAUCAAGGCUUUCUCAAAUGAGGCCAAAGAAGAGACGUCAAAGCAAGGAGAUUUGCGGGAGCUAUUGGGUCUAAACAACACAACUUCUGUCUUUUCCUCAUUGACAUUUGAGAAAUUAAAAGCCAACCAUCUUUUAAGAUCAACAAGGCAGUCCAGAAGGCCCUUCUUUGGCCUAAUUUAAGAAAGACUUGAUUACAAAUGCUUGACAGAACAUGCACCACUGUGCUUUAAUUGGAGGUAAACCUGACAGUCAUCUGCAUAAAAAUUAAAGGAAAUGUUAUAUUUCUGGAAAAUAGCUCUGAGUGGGAGCAAAUACAAGGAAAAUAAAAGUGGACCAAGAAUGGAGCCCUGUGGUACCCCCCAAGGAAGGCAGCAGAGUUGGAAGUGAAACCAUCUAUAUUACAGUUUUUCUCGAUUGGUUUGGCUCAUUUCUUGAAACCAAGAUGACAUUCUCAAAAUAACAUGGACAAAUCUCCAAACCACCUUGCAAUUGUUCACAACAGAAUGUCAUUUCUCAUUGGUUUUAUCAAAUUGCAAAUGCUUUAGUACAUGUCUCAAGGGACUCUGUGCUUUUUUUCAAAUGAUUAUGUACAAGUAGCUACAGUUAGCACAAUGAGCCCACAUUUAGCACAUUUUCCAAAUAAAUAGAUCUUGCUGAUCUAAACUGAUUAGUUGAUUUUUCAGUGAAAUGGUUACUCUCUCCAAAACAUAUCAGCAUGGUUUCAUUGUGUAAGUCAUCAUAUGCACAAUUGUCUGUUCAACUGUCAAAAUUAGUCAAGGAUAUAAUACCAUGAAAUAAUUUCUUGUGACAUUUGAUAAAUUUAUGACAGUAAUUGACAAUCAAUCAGGUGAAAUUAGAACUAACGAAGGAGCAGUUUCCCACAUCUCAGAUGACCAAUCAAACAGUUUGUUUAGUUACCUGACAGGUGUUGUCUAUGAUUAUGACUGCUGCCAAAAGUAUAUAGACAGAGCUUGGCCCGGGGCCAGUUUCAUUUGCAGUGUGAACAUGGAAGCACCUCGCCAAGUACAACAGCAACUUCCUGCUCGAGGAAGAGGAGGAAGAAGAAGAGGAGGAGUGAGAAUGCGUGGUGGAAUAGGGGGAAGAGGCCGAGGAGCACGGAGGCACUAUGAUGUCCCAGAUGAAAUCCGGGCCACCCUUAUUGACCACGUUAUAAACCAUCGCCUCACAAUGGCAGAGGCAGGUCUCCGAGUGCAGCCUAAUGUGCCUUGGUCUACAGUCUCCUCCAUCAUCCAAACCUUUCGCAGGGAAAACAGGAUUGGACGACAGCCUCAAGUGGGUGGCAGAAGAAAACUUCUAAAUGAACAACAAGAACGAGAAAUAUGCAACAUGGUCAUUGCAAAUAAUGCCAUCAAACUGAGACAGAUUCGUAAUGCAAUCCUUCUAGACAAUGUAAUGUUCCAAAAUAUAAACUCUAUCAGCAUCUCCACUAAAGACCGGGUAUUGAAGAAACAUCAGAUGACCAUGAAACAGAUUUACAGGGUACCAUUUGAGAGAAACUCUGACAGAGUGAAAGAGCUGCGGUACCAGUAUGUGCAUGUAAGUCAACUACUGGUUGUCUAUCAUUGUAACACUAUUACAGUAAGACAUGGUUACCACUUUUUUUUGUUUUGCUUUAUCCUUUUUACCUUCAGAAUCCAGCUUUGUGUGACUAGAGCAUUUUGCCUAGAAAUUGUCUUCAGUUUUUCACUCCCUCUUUUUACAGUACUUUAGAUCCUCCCUGCAGUAUCUGUCUCUACUUGACUGAUUAGAUUUAUUUUUAUUCUAUUGUAGAGAAUAAUGGCAUUAGAAGGCAACGAAACCCCUCACAUCCUAGUGUUCGUUGAUGAAGCUGGCUUUAACCUGGCCAAAGGUUGAAGGCGUGGCCGUAACAUCAUUGGCCACCGAGCCCCUGUGGAUGUCCCAGGCCAGCGAGGAGCAAAUAUAACAAUGUGUGCCGCUAUAUCAGAAAGAGGUGUGGCCACACACAUUCCCAGUUUAGGGCCAAAGUUUUAAGGCAAAAGUUCCUUAAUUUUUUGGACAACCUUUAUUCUGAUCUGAUCCUGGAAAAUGAGAGAGGUGAAGAAGGACCUCAGCUACCACAUUAUGUCAUUGUGUGGGAUAAUGUGAACUUCCACCGUGGCCCACGCAUCAGAACCUGGUUCACCACCCAUCCCCGGAUGCUAAUGGAGUUUCUUCCACCUUACUCUCCUUUCCUAAAUCCAAUUGAGGAGUUUUUUUUCAGCUUGGAGGUGGAGGGUGUAUGAGCAUCAGGCUCAAGACCAGAGGACCCUGCUGCAUGCAAUGGAUGCUGCAUGUGAGGACAUCACAGGGGAUCAAUGUAGGGGAUGGUUGAGACAGUUGAGAUGGUUGAGACAGGUUGUUUUUCGUUGUAUAUAUGUAUUGUCUCAUGUGUGCAGGUCAGUCCCUUCCUGAUUCCAGUCCAGGACUUGCAACUCCUCCUCAGAUUGUCGCAUGAUUGUCUCCGCCCCGAUGAUAUCGUCAUUGGCUGACAGUAUUUAACCACCCCAGAAGAUCAAUGCUGGGGUGGCUUUUGACUACUCAGCAUAUUCUUUGCCUGUUUUGUGUUUGCUAUUUCUGGUGGUUGAUGUGUGGAUUUUUGGUUCAUUUAUUUGGUCCACGGGUCUGCCUUUGUAGCUUAGUAAGUCUGUGAAACUUAGUAUCUUCUGUAUGUAAGUAAAUGUCUAGUCUCUAUAUAAAGUGUUAGUGUUUUAUGUAUAUGUUUCUCUUUUUUUCACCAGUUGUAGGGAUGUGGCCGCCAUUUUUUUUGGGUGUGGGAGGGGUUUUUUUCUUAACUGUUUAUGGAUAGGGAGUUAGGUUAGCAAAUUGUGUUUUAUUUCUGUUUUCUUUUGUAGGGAAGUUAGAGGUUUUCUUAAUCAGUUCUUCUGUUUGUUGUUUUGGCCUUGGUCCACCCUGAAGUUCACACCGGUUAUUUUUUAUAGUACU